GGCCAUGUAAUAUUACAUACAAAAUAAAAACAAAUCAAAGGAGGAGUUUUUAUUGCAAAUUAAGAAUAUAGUUAAACAAAUUAAAAUAAACUUGCAUUUAAAGAUUCAAGUUAAACUUGAUAGAAUAUAUCAAACUACUAUUAUUAAUGAUAGUAGUGUGUCUUUAUUCCCCAUAUGCAAUAAAACAAAGUAGUAGGCUACUGUAUUCACUUGAUGGUGAAGAUGAGAAAGAGUAUAGUGCCACUGUGCCAGGCAUAAGGGAAAUAAAUAAGAUAAUAAUGCAUCGCGAGAAUAAUGUGUAUGCACCAUAGGUAUGCACACUCAAAAAUGUACUUUAAUUUAGAAUUGUCAAGUUUAUUCUUCAAAAAUAUAUUGACAGUAUUUUCAAAAUAAAAAAGCAAAUCCUCCUCCUAUUGGUAUAUUUAAUACCUAACCCUACUAGUAGAAAUUCAAUUCAACAAUAUAUAUAUAUAUAUAUAUUCUAUCGACCUAUUGAACGUAUUUAUACCCAAAAAACGAACAACAUUUUCUCGUUUUUCUUUGUAAUCCACUUUAUUUUGAAAAAUGCAUUGCUCAACAUCCGGCGCUGACAACCUUCCAUUCAAUCCAUGCUCCGUGGCUCUGGAUCUAUUGAGCAGCCUAAAAAACACGAAGCAAAAACCGGGGAUUCGGUCUGCCUUCCUCCGCUGUCAGUCAGACACAUUAAAACAACCAUAGUCCUGUUUUUACAUACGUAUCUAGCCGUCAUUUACAGUGACGUUUAAUCUAUCUGUGCACGUUCUGCGGCUGUUGGUUAAAUGUGACGUUUGAGGACAACACAGACAAUCGGGCGCCGGGCUUGUCGCUGCAGCUUUGCGUCAAAAGCAGCUAAAGCUAAACCGUGGUGCGACAAGUCAGCAAGAAAUACGCGUUAACAGCCACGUUUCCAGACAGACAGCACACAGGUUAUUUUGGGUACGGUUGCUGUCGUGCACAUGCUGCGUUUUAGUGUUGUGAGCUAAUCAAACAUCUGUGCAAAAGCUGUCAGAAGAAAUAGCAGAUUUAAACUCGGUAUUUAGGGGUCGCUUUCUGUCAAUUACCAGCUUUCUGACUUGGACUUUAACUACACCUUUUGGAAAACAGGUUAACAAAUAAUAGGAGAUUUAUUUAAUUGCGAAACAUUUUGUUGGAUUUAAGAGGGGCCUCAUAGCGUUUAACACAUGAGGCCCAGUUGACAAAGAUGGACCUGAAUUUUUAUUCGGAUUUAACGGACGGUACUGGUCAGCACGACGGUGACCCAGAGUUUCUGGACCCGCAGGCUUUCAAUGGAUUUGACUCAGACAACAAGUUUCCUGGAGGCAGUGACAACUACCUGACCAUCUCCGGGUCCGGGCAUCCCUUCCUCUCCUCCUCAGAGUGUGCCACUAAACCCAUUGACCUCUUCAACCUCGCUGGAUCUGCUGGUGGAACCUUCCACACCCCCAGCCUCGGAGAUGAAGAGUUUGAGAUCCCUCCCAUCUCUCUGGAUCCUGACUCCGCCCUCACCGUCUCCGAUGUCGUUUCCCAUUUCGGGGAGUUGUCGGACUCCGGCCCCCCCGACAGCGUGGUUGUUCCCGGGAACGCCGUGGUGGAAGGAGACGACCCCUCGUUCGCCUCCACCUUCGUCAACGCCCCGUCUCAGGGCCUGGAGCACCUGAGUCUGGGCGUCAUCAACCAAUCAGGAGGGAGCGCGCUGUUGGGGUCCUCACUGGGAAUGGACCUCGGGCAUCCAAUCGGAUCUCAGUUCAGCAGCUCGUCCCCGGUCACCAUCGACGUCCCGUUGGGGGACAUGAGCCACGGCCUGCUGGGGUCCAACCAGCUGACCACCAUCGACCAAUCAGAGCUCAGCGCCCAACUGGGGCUGGGUUUAGGAGGCGGGAGCAUGUUGCAGCACCCCCCGUCGCCCGGCAACCGUCUGUCGGCCACGGCGUCGCCCACCAGCUCGCUGCAGGACGACGACAUGGACGACUUCAGGACGAUAGGGCAGAUAGACUGGAAAGGGGGAGACAGGGGUGAGGACAGGGCCACGGGGUGGAGUCGACCCCCUGCCGUUAGGACUCAGCCUUGUUACAUGAAUUUCCCGCUCUACCAGAGCGUCCUGGUGGAGUCUCCGGUCUCUCUGGCUGUUUCUCCCGGAGUUAUCUCCCUUGACCCGUCGAUGUCCGAAUCCCCGCUCUCCGCCCCGACCUCCAUCAUCUCUCCGGCAGUCGGGAGGAAAGGAGGCGCCGGAGGGAAGAAGGGGAAGAAGAAGAAAGACCCCAACGAGCCUCAGAAACCCGUGUCGGCCUACGCUCUGUUCUUCAAGGACACUCAGGCCGCUAUCAAAGGACAAAACCCCAACGCUACCUUUGGAGAAGUCUCUAAGAUAGUGGCGUCCAUGUGGGACAGUCUGGGGGAGGAGCAGAAACAGGUUUACAAGAGGAAAAACGAAGCGGCAAAGAAGGACUACUUGAAGGCGCUGGCCGAGUACAGAUCCGGACAGAUUUCUCAGUCCCCUAUUGAAGUCAUGGACACCUCCUCAUCGCCGCCAUCACCUCCACCUACAGCGUCUCUCUCCGCCGCUGCCAUGGCAACAGCAGCUUCCAGCCUGGCCGCCCGCAACACCCGCUCGCAGCAUUACAACCCGGAGGAGAACACCAUCACCAACAUCUGCACCUCCAACAUCAUCCUGGACCUCCCUCAGGUCACCACGCGCUCUCGAACCGGUGCUACGAAACCUCCGCCUCCUCGAGCCCCUACGCCCCCUCUGCCCAACCCCCCCACCGUCACUAAGAUCAUCAUCAAGCAGCUGCAGCUUCCUUCAGGUGUGGUUUUGACGUCGACCACGGCCCCCCGCCAGCCGCCCCCCCUCCAGCAGAUGCAGAGCGCCCCCCCGCCCCCCCGGCUGCAGCUUCACGCCCAGCCGCCUCCACCUCUUCAGGCCAAACCUCGAGCCUCAGCUCCUCCUCCGCUGCAGAUCAAGGUGGUGCCGAAGCAGCCGAUCAUCGUGACGUCGGCGGGGGAGUCGCCGUCCUUUUCGGGUCUGACGGAUGAGAUGGGGCAGAUUGGGGAUGAUUUGAUAACGGAGGGAGAGGAAGGAGAGGAAGUGGCGGAGGAAGGGAUGGAGGUGGAAGUGAACGUAGCCACGGUCCCGAGUGUGCCCCCCCCCUCCAGCCAUAACCUCUGUGUUCGCGCCGGCUGCACGAAAGCCGCCGUGGAGAACAAAGACUGGGACCUCGAGUACUGCAGCAACGAGUGUGUCGCCACGCACUGCAGAGAUGUGUUCAUGGCCUGGUGCGCCAUCCGAGGGCAAAACUCCACCACCGUCACAUAAGGAGAAGACAGAUCUGACUGAGAGAAGUGAUACACGGAGAGAGAAAAGGACAAAGAAUAACACAUGAAAUGCAAACGAGCCGAGAGAUGAAAUGAAUGAAUGAUCAGGCUCAGGUAUCGGCACAUAUCGUCUGUUUUAUCAGGCCUCAUUGACGACGAGAACCAAAAGGGGUUCUGUCACAGAGGAAGGUAUUCGUAAAAUCACUACAAUAUACUUUACUGUAAUCGACUCUGCACAAAAAGCCGUGGAGCAGAAAAGCAACUCUUGGAAACACUGCAGUGGGAAUGUCGGAUCACAAUAAGGACGUUACGCUGAAGAAAAAGCAGAAGAAGAAGAAACUUCCAAUUCAUCAUCUGUUGUGAAUCUCAAGUAUGGACUUGAUAUAGAAAACGUUUUAUAUGAAAUAAUGUUAUUAAUUGUUUUGAAAGGAGAAAAAAGUGCAGAAAGGAAAUCAUGAAUUUUUUAGUUUAAUUAUUUUACAGACUUCCACUUCAUAUGUGUACGCUCUUCCCUUUACUGUUACAAUGAGGAUCAACUGAAGUGAAUGUAAUCUAAAUGUUUCAUUGAUCUUCGGUGAUGUGCUUUUGGCGCCGACUGGUUUUACGCACAAACCAGCAACAACUGGGCAAAGCACAAACAAUAUUUAAAUGUCAUUCAAAGGGUUACAUGUUUGUAAUUUUGUGACUACGUGGAAAUAAACCUGCCACUGCGGGUUUGUCACCUUUUUAAUAAGCCACCCUUUGAGGGAAAUAAACUACAAUCAUGUGAACGGUGUCUAUUCAAACAGGUGCUCAAAUUCAGUAGAAAAUGUGACUCUAGCAUUUUCUGUUUGCAAUACCCUAAAAGAGAUCUUUUUGUGGUGCAAAUUGGUUUUAAUGAGAAUCAUUUGCGGUGACAUUUAAUUGAAUCUUGGAUUGAAAUAAACUCGCCAGCUCUGACAACGCUACUGUAAGGGGGAAAGGGAAUACUACAUGAAGACGAUUUACUUUUUAACAUUACAGUGUUUAAUUUAAGAAAUCUGAUUUCAGGUCUGAAUAAUUAAGGAAGGAAAUGGUUGCUUCCAGAAAAAAUAAAACUGUUUCCAGUCGGAUGAAAAUUCAGAAAUCUGUUCUGGUUUAUUGUAGAUAUCCUGGAAAUGUUUUUAAUGAUGAAAUAAAAAAUAUUUUAUGUUUUAAUAUA